AUGUCAUUCAGAGGCGGCCGCGGCGGCGGCUUUGGAGGUCGAGGGGGUGGUGGCUUUCGAGGAGGACGAGGCGGCAGUUUCGCACCGGCAGGCCCCCCCGCCGAAGUCCUUGAAAUGGGCAUCGUCCAACACGCCGUCGAGGGCGAAAUGUUCUGCCGCUCGUCCAACGUCAAGAUCCCCUACUUCAACGCCCCCAUCUACCUCGAGAACAAGACGCCCAUCGGCAAGGUCGACGAAGUGCUCGGACCCAUCAACGAGGUGUACUUUACCAUCAAGCCCCAGGAGGGCAUAGUGGCCACCAGCUUCAAGACGGGCGACAAGGUCUUCAUCGGCGGCGACAAGCUCCUGCCGCUCGACAAGUUCCUGCCCAAGCCAAAGGUGCCUGGCGAGAAGAAGCCCAAGCGAGCGGGGGGUGCCCGCGGCGGCCGCGGCGGCCCUCGGGGAGGCGGUCGCGGCGGCUUCUCCAGGGGAGGACGAGGCGGUCCCCGCGGAGGCGGCGGCUUCUCGAGGGGAGGCGGUCGCGGCGGUGGCGGCCGCGGCGGGUUCGGCGGGUUCGGCGGCCGAGGUGGUGGUGGCGGCGGUCGCGGAGGAGGUUUCCGGGGCCGCGGGCGUGGAUCAUAG